AUGUUUUCCAUCGCAGGCGAGAUACCCUGUAUGAAAAUCUUUGAGAGCGACAAGACUCUCGCCUUCCUCGACAUUGGACCCCUCAGCAAGGGUCACGCUCUUGUCAUUCCUAAAUACCAUGGGGCGAAGCUCGCCGACAUCCCUGAUGAACAGCUAACUGAGAUUCUGCCCACCCUCAAGAAGCUUGUUGCCGCCACUGGCGCCACUGAAUACAAUAUCCUCCAAAACAACGGCAUCAUGGCCCAUCAGCAGGUCAAUCAUGUUCACUUCCACAUGAUUCCAAAGCCAAACGAAACCGAGGGUCUGGGAAUAGUAUGGCCCGCCACAACCGGCGACAUGGAUAAACUCAAGAAGCUCUGCGAGGAUAUCAAGUCCAAGAUGUAA